AUGAGCGAGCGAACGCGGGCGGAGCAGAUCUUCUCGAAGGAACCGACAACGGACAGGCACACUCGCCCCGCUGCCAAAAAAAAAGAGCGAAAUCCAGCUGCGUCCUUUUUUUUUCACCUGGCUGGUGCUGCCGCUGCUGCUGCUGUCCCCAGAAGGCACAGCUGGCACAGCAAAAGGCGGCAGAGGCAGGGCAGAGACGAGGGAGCGCUCGACAGCCUCAUUGUGUCAAAAUGGUACGUUGCGCACACGGGCGCCAUCGCCAUCGCCAUCGCCAUCGCCAUCGCCAUCAGCAUCAGCAUCCAAAUGCCGCCUCGGCGUCUCGUCCUGCAACCAGCCCUAGCUUUGGCCACGACAUCUGCGCUCUUUCAUGCGAAUAAGACGCUCAAAGGUGCUGCAAGCUGUCUGCGAUGUGCUGAAGUAUCAACACCGCCACACAUGCAACCGUUACUGACCUGUCUUUCGUCAUCUCCAUCCAUCUUCGCCCACCCACAGUCCGCCUCCGACGACGAGCAGCACAACGCCACCUUCGAGUCCGCCGAUGCCGGCUCCUCGCUGACCUUCCCCAUGCAGUGCUCUGCUCUGCGUAAGAACGGUCACGUCGUCAUCAAGGGCCGCCCUUGCAAGAUCAUCGACAUGUCCACCUCGAAGACCGGCAAGCACGGUCACGCCAAGGUCCACCUUGUCGCCACCGACAUCUUCACCUCGAAGAAGUACGAGGACAUCUCGCCCUCGACCCACAACAUGGACGUCCCCAACGUCAGCCGUAACGAGUUCCAGCUCGUCAACAUUGACGACGGUUACCUCAACCUCAUGACCAACGACGGCGACACCAAGGACGACGUCCGUGUCCCCGACGGCGAGCUCGGUGAGCAGAUCCAGGCCGCCUUCGACGACGGCAAGGACCUCAUGGUCACCAUCGUCUCCGCCAUGGGCGAGGAGCACUGCCUCUCGUUCAAGGAUGCUCCCCAGGGCAAGUAA